CGUACAAUAUCCAAGAUACACGCUCCACGGUGUUCGAAAAAAUUUAUGACAAUAAUUUGCGUCAUCUCAAAAUAGAAUUUUUGUUUUGUGGGAAUGUUUAAGGUGUUUUUGGGCGGACGAUUCAAAACUGAAGUAAAACUCAAGUCAGCCGAUGAGUGUCAUUGCGCUGUGACCAAGGAAUUAGAAUAUUAUUUAAACUCGUGACCUAACCUAAACAUGACGGACGAAAAUUGGAUCGACCAAGACAAAAUCAAAAGCUACGAGUUUCUACUUGAACGUUUGGCCGGAGGAAGAAUGGCUGUGUACAUUAAGAAGUUCGAAAUACUCCAAAAAGAGACAGCCAACUCAGCCAUGCUCAUCGAUAGUGUGCCAGUCAUUAUGGACCUGAUUACGUGCGAUCUGAACGUGGRCAAAGCUUUACGCCAGUCGUUACUCCGYAGUCUUGUUCAAAUGGUUAUUUCUUCGGAAAGUGUCGUGCAAAAGCUCUCGGCCGCGUGGAAAACUGAUGUGCUUUUGGGAAAUCUGGUCAGAGUCAUGCGUGAACACGUCUUGACGCAAUACAAACAUUAUCAACUGUACACACACAAUGUGGUCACCGUAAUGAAGUGUUUGGCACAAGUCAUUGUGAGUUUUGAGCAUGUUUUUGCUCAAAUUGGGCCACCAGUCGCCUACUCCUGCCAUAUAGUUUUCAACAAGAUUCAGAGCAAACUUGAUCUAGUGUCAGAAAUUAUUGAUCAAAUUGUCCACCGAUAUGAAAAACGAUGUGAAAGAAAUAAAUCAGCUAUCGAAAAAUGGAAGAAAAUAAAAGAAAAACUAAGACUCAUUUUUGAAACUACCAUUGUUGCACCUUGUUCGUUUACUUUAAAAUUAUAUUUAAAUUACUAUUUUCCUAACGAAGAAUACUUCAAUGAGUAUUUGAAUACUUUAAUUAAAACAUAA